GCGUCCUAGCUUAUUGGCUGCGCGGGUCCCGUCCUCCUCCCGCCCCUCCCCGCCCCUGCUGGGAUGACCCCGGGGGCGAGUGCCCGGCCAGUGUGCUCCCGAAGCCGGCUGUGGGCUGCGGCUCUGCUGGGGUCAGGCUUCAUGGCGGCGCAGCCGCUGUCCCGGAUGCUGCGGCGGCUCCUGAGGUCCAGCGCCCGGAGUUGCAGCUCAGGGGCUCCAGUGACACAGCCCCGCCCCGGGGAGUCCGCGCGAGCUGCCUCGGAGGAGCUGUCCAGGCGGAGGCAGUUCCUGCGGGAGCAUGUGGCCCCCUUCUCCGCCUUCCUCACAGACAGCUUUGGCCGGCAGCACAGCUACCUGCGGAUCUCCCUCACGGAGAAGUGCAACCUCAGAUGUCAGUACUGCAUGCCCGAGGAGGGGGUCCCGCUGACCCCCAAGGCCAACCUGCUGACCACAGAGGAGAUCCUGACCCUUGCCCGACUCUUUGUGAAGGAAGGCAUUGACAAGAUCCGGCUCACAGGCGGAGAGCCGCUCAUCCGGCCAGACGUGGUGGACAUUGUGGCCCAGCUGCAGCGGCUGGAAGGGCUGAGGACCAUCGGUGUUACCACCAAUGGCAUCAACCUGGCCCGGCUGCUGCCCCAGCUUCAGAAGGCUGGUCUUAGUGCCAUCAACAUCAGCCUGGACACCCUGGUGCCUGCCAAGUUUGAGUUCAUCGUCCGCAGGAAAGGCUUCCACAAGGUCAUGGAGGGCAUCCACAAGGCCAUCGAGCUGGGCUACAACCCUGUGAAGGUGAACUGUGUGGUGAUGCGAGGCCUUAACGAGGAUGAACUCCUGGACUUUGCGGCCUUGACCGAGGGCCUCCCCCUGGAUGUGCGCUUCAUAGAGUACAUGCCUUUUGAUGGCAACAAGUGGAACUUCAAGAAGAUGGUCAGCUAUAAGGAGAUGCUGGACACUAUCCGGCAGCAGUGGCCAGAGCUGGAGAAGCUGCCAGAGGAGGAAUCCAGCACAGCCAAGGCCUUUAAAAUCCCUGGCUUCCAAGGCCAGAUCAGCUUCAUCACGUCCAUGUCUGAGCAUUUCUGUGGGACCUGCAACCGCCUGCGAAUCACGGCUGACGGGAACCUCAAGGCAGGAGCCAGCUGGAGUGGGGGCCACCGGGUGAAGUCCACAGGAGGAACCUCUUUGUUGCAGAGAAGGGAACCUGGAGACUGGCUGGGGAAGGGAGGACAGGGAAGGAGUUACGCUCCUCAGAGGGCCAGGGAGGCCCCCAAGGCUCCGUCUUGCUUCUUUUUUUCUUGCCUUGCAGAGUUAUUUUUGAUGUUCCACGAUUCCCCACCAGCCAAUCCAAGCAUUUCCUCCUGGGACCCCCUCCAUGUUCAGGGUCUAAGACCCAGAAUGAGUUUCUCCAGCCAGAUGGUCACUUUAUGGAAAGGAUGCAGGGUCCCCCAGGCCCUUCUGCUAGCCCAGCAGCGGCUGGGGUCUGGCUGCUUUCAGAGACACUACACUUCCCAUGCAGACUCAGAUGCCAACUCAAAGUGCCUUAGCCCAGGUUCCUGGGCUCCUGCUGCCCCCUCAGGACCCCAGCUAACCUCAGAACAACUAACUCAUGUGGACUCGGAAGGACGGGCAGCUAUGGUAGAUGUGGGCAGGAAGCCAGACACAGAGCGGGUGGCUGUAGCUUCAGCCGUGGUCCUCCUGGGGCCUGUAGCCUUCAAGCUUGUCCAGCAGAACCAGCUCAAGAAAGGAGAUGCCCUGGUGGUGGCCCAGCUGGCUGGAAUCCAGGCAGCCAAGGUGACCAGCCAGCUGAUCCCUCUGUGCCACCACGUGGCCCUGAGUCAUGUCCAGGUGCAGCUGGAGCUGGACAGCACACGCCAUGCCGUGAGGAUCCAGGCAUCUUGCCGGGCUCGGGGGCCCACCGGGGUGGAGAUGGAGGCCCUGACCGCUGCUGCAGUGGCCGCCCUCAGCCUGUAUGACAUGUGCAAGGCUGUCAGCAGGGACAUUGUAUUGGAAGAGAUCAAGCUCAUUAGCAAGACUGGCGGUCAGCGGGGGGACUUCCAUCGGGCUUAGCGCCUGCCCUUCUUACCCAUGGCCCACCCAGACCUGGAGCUGGGAUGCAAUUUAGGCUGAAGGAAAGAUGUCAGGUUCCUUUAAUCACAGUCACUGUUUACCUUGAGCAGUAAAUCCGAAGUCAGCCUGCUCUACUACUAACAGGCCUGCUACUAGAUGAUCUCUAAUCAUCUAGGUGGGGCUUCCUUUCUAUAGGGAGGAUACCAGCAGGCUCUUAAGCCUUCCAGGACACUAAGGUCAUGGGAGCAGGACUACAACAAGCAAUGCUGGAUAACUGAGAAAUCAUGUUCUUUGUGGACUAUUUCAGACAACCAGUUUCCGACAGUCCAGCCCAGAACUUUUCCUUCUCCUUUUGGGUUCUCUCUUCUCCUACUUUCCUGGGGAGAGAUUAAGGGCUUAUUAAGCAGAGGGGCCCACUUUGAGGAGAGCAAAGCACAAGUUUGCCUGAGGAAUGCAUCCCAACUUCUCCCCAGCAGCUCUGCCUCCCUGUCUGUGAAGCUGCAGCCCUGCCCCGUCCUGACUUCAUCUCUCCUUCUGCCCAAGUCUGUGUCCCAUCAGACUUGCUCAGCUUAACAGUUGCCCGGUCCUGCUGGUCCCCUUUCCUCAGGCCUCCCUCCUCUGAAACAGGAUGUGCACACGUGGGCCACAGCCCCAAGGACUCCUCCUGGACUACACAGCCCACACCUGGCCCUGCUCACGGCUGUUCCACCCACCCCUCUUCAUUCUGGAGCAUACCAGGGAAAGAAGAGUUGACGAUAGAUUGCCUUCACCCUCACAGCGCACAAAUAAAGCUACGAUGCCAACUUCUUUGCAGA